GAAAAAAGGUCUGCCAAGAAAUGUGUGAAUUUACUGAUGCUCGUGAUAGGAAGAGCGAAUGCAGGAAAAACUACCAUCCUCCAAAGAGUGUGCAAGACACGGGACAACCCAGAAAUAUACAACAGCGCAGGGAAAAAGAUUGAUCUGGCAGUUUUAGCAGCAUCCAGAGAGCGUGGAGAGCAUGACAUGGAGAAUGAAAUGAUGUUUAAAAGCAACCUGGGAUUUAUCUUCCACGACUCAUGUGGUUUCGAGGCAGGCGGCGAAUCAGAAUUCAACAAGAUCAAGGCAUUUAUCACCUGCUGUUCCAAGGAAACCAAAAUAAGAAACAAGCUCCAUGUCAUCUGGUAA